UCCCGGGCUCCGGGAGCGAGAGCAGCCCUAUGUGUCCCUAAGCUGCGAAGCCCCCUUGGCCCCGCUCGCCAUGAACACCGAGGAGCAGUAUUAUGCCUCGGCGCAGCUCUACAAGGAGUCGUGUGCGUUUCAGAGAGCCCAGGCGCAGGACUACAACCCUAGCCCCCCCGCCUGCCUGUACAUGGGCAGGCAGCAACAGACUCCUUAUCCCAGCGCCUUAGGGGCUCUGGAGCAAGGCAGCCCGCCAGACAUUUCACCUUACGAGGUGCCCCCCAUCACAGAGGAUGCCGGGGUCUCCCACCUUCACCACCAUCACCACCACCCUCAUCUUCCUCCUCCCCACCAGGACGCGCUGCCUUUCUCAGACGGGGCGGACACGGGAGCUGUAGAGGAGCCCCGAGUGCAGGUGCCUUUCGCCUGGAUGAAGUCCACCAAAUCUCACGCCUGGAAGGGACAGUGGACCGGGGGAUCCUAUAUGGUGGAACCGGAGGAGAACAAGCGGACGAGGACGGCGUACACGCGGGCGCAGCUGCUGGAACUGGAGAAGGAGUUUCUCUUCAACAAGUACAUCUCCAGGCCAAGGCGGGUAGAGCUGGCUGUCAUGUUGAACUUGACCGAGAGACACAUCAAGAUCUGGUUCCAGAACCGGCGGAUGAAGUGGAAGAAGGAAGAGGACAAAAAGCGAGGGGCGGGCAACAGCAAUGACCCCGAGCAAGACUGCGUGGUGUCCUCUGGGGAGCUCCAAACCAAGGAGGAUCUCCAGCCAUGCCCCGCCGGGAACCUUCCCUCGGGAGACUCCAGGGACCUUCUCGCCCCCAGCCUAGUCCCCAGAAGGCAGCAGGACUCUCGGUGAGCCGCGGGGAGCCCCACGGCCCGGGAGGAGGAAAAGGAUGGGACAUGGAAAAGAGCCGAGAGGCUGGCGCCGGCUUUCCUCCGCCGUGCCGUGCCGUGCCGUGCCGUGCCGUGCCGUGCCGUGCCGUGCCGUGCCGUGCCGUGCCGUGCCGUGCCGUGCCGACCCACUCCCGCCUUCCCUCUGGGAAACUCGGUGCCCCCAUUCUGAAACUCGCGUCCUCCGGAAAGUAAAUGUAAGAUGUCCAGCUCUCCAGAUGACAAGGAGAGGCUCGCUGUGGGCCCUAACGCCAGGGGAGCCCGCCGGGAUGGCGGCGAGCUGGGCCCCACUUCCCCGGGCCGCCCGCGCCUCAGCGAGCCCUACGGGACACCUUCCCCCGGGGAAGGUGGGUCUCAGGUCGCCACCGACGGUGUGUGCAACCCUGGGUGCACGGAGAGGUCUGGACACCGGAGGAGAAGCGAGGGCACGCUGCGUUCCUUGCCGCGGACAGCUGCUCUGUCGGGGCGCGCGUCCCACCGUGUCCGUCGGUCCACAAGCGCAGACACGGACCCGAGUAUCCCGGACCAUUCACGGGCUGGCACGCCGCCGUCCCCGUCCCUUCCAGUCACCCCAGGGCAUCGGCUCUACCGAGGACUCUCUCAGGACUGUUACUUACUUCUUUGGAAACUGGAACCUGGUUUCUUUCGUUUUCUUUUUCUUUUGGGAAAGAAAUAGGUGGGGGGAAGGAAAAAGGGAAAAAAAAAAAAGAGAGAAAAAAAAUUUUUAAAAUUGAAAAAGAAAAGGCCUACGUGUCCUGCGGGCAGGAUUUGUCUCCCCCGAUGACCGGCUCUGAUGACCGGCACAGGCAGCCAGACCCUCCCCCGGGCUCCGGCAGCGGCUGCGGGGACCCUGCGCUGCUGCCCGCGGCUCCGCGCCCGUCUGGGCUCCGGGGAACUCCGCGGCUCCAGGGCUGCGCUUGCCUCUUCGAGGGGUGAAUGCGAGCCCAGGGAUGGAACAGAGGAAGUCGCGGUUUCUCUCUGGGCAGCGAGCAGACAGAGUGAUAUAUCUGGGGGAUAGGGCCGGUCCUAGGGACACUGUCCUUCGUGAAAAAAGCUCCAGCCUCUCUUCCAACUCUUUCGGAAGCUCGGACUCUGCCUUGGAGAGGAGAAACCUCUGUACAGCACGAGCUCCUGUCCCGGAGUGGCUCUAUGCGUGGUUUUUCUCUGCAGACUUAUUUCUACAGCCCAGCAGAGGCUGGAGGCCGGCUGCCUCCCGAGGCCCUGCAGAGCACUGGGGACUUUCCCUGGGCGCUGUUUUUCGGCCCGGGCCGAUGUGCGGGAGAGCUCGGCUGCUCCGGGAUGGAGCGGGGAGCGCCCGGCCCGGGCUUCCCUGCGGGGAGGUGGGUAGUGGAGUCGGCGCCGGCUGCCCCGGGCCCAGCCUGCCUUCCCUGCUGCCAGGAACAGCUUCCCAGUCCCGACAACGGCGGGAACUCCAGCUAAGUGGGGAACAAAUCACAGCCGAACUAGAAACAGAAAACAGCGGUAGGAAGGAACUAGGAACUGUCUAGUUUGCUGUCGGUCAGGCGGAUCUGCCUUCUUUCCUCGACGGGGAGGUUCCUGCCCUGUACCCGGCAGCAGCAACCCCUCGAGCAUCCCUCGGGGGCCGCCACAGCCCCUCCCGCGCUGCGGGCCCGGGAGUGCCAUGGGAGGAGGAAAAUGAGGAGGAGGACAACCUGUCGCACCCUGGCCAGAGGAUGUUCCCAGUUCCUCGGCUGAAAGCGAGGGGAAGAGCAAAUAGCUCGGUACAGCUCUUUGGGGGUUUCCCAUCUUACAUGAAACUUCUUACACUAAGGUGGAGACUUGAAGGUGUAAUUUGUCUAUUGCUUUUCUUUCCUCUUGGGACAUUAAGAUCUGUGUGCAAACAGGAGUAUUUCUGGUAAUUUUUCCUGCAAGUUGACUGAGAAAUUUAUCACCCAAGCCUGUAUAUGCUUAUUCAUCAAAACGCAGUCAAUAAGUGAGAAUUUUAUUAAUCAUUAU